AAUCGUGAUGUCACAAACGUGGGCGGUGCCAGCAGCGUGUGCUCAAAUAAGUGGGCGGAGUCAAGCGGGUUCAAAAACAGAUUGUGGGUAACAGUGGACGCUUUGUACGACUUUUCUCUUCUUACGUUCUCCAAAGCUGACUCUAAUUCGACUUUCCGUGCGCCCCUGUAUACAUGGGGGAAUGAGUUUUUUUGCACAUUUAUGCAGUGGACGCUUAUGACAGAAGCCGUGUUACUUUUUUCAAAGGCAUUGCUUCCAGUGGGAGAAGACUAGUUUCCAAACCAGCCAUGAAACCUCCUGGCGAGGAAGAGAGCCUGCGGCUGGGCACACUUCUGCUCAACACCCUGGCAAGAGAACGCCGUCUUUGGAGAGCACCAGUCCUUAAGAACGGUUGCAUUCAGGGUUCAGAUAUCAGCCCACAUCAGUACCACGAGGUGAUCGUGUGGUUGCGUGAAAUGAGCAGCAUUCUCCACUUUUCCUCCGAGACGUUCGCUUUAGGAGUCUGUGUUCUUAACAGCCUGCUUGCAACAGUCAAAACUCGGCUGAAAUACCUCAAAUGCAUGGCCAUCACCUCUCUGAUCCUUGCUGCAAAGAUCAACGAGGAAGAUGAGGUGAUCGCAUCGGUUAAAGACCUGCUGGAGCAAAGCAGAUGCAAGUUCUCAACGGCUGAGAUUCUUCGCAUGGAGCGAGUCAUAUUGAACAAGCUGCACUGGGACCUUUACAUGGCCACGCCGAUGGACUUCAUUCAUAUUUUCCACGGCCUGCUGAUGUCCAGGCGUCCUCGGCUGAUGCUGUCCAGCUCUCAGAAGAGACCCUGCCUCCAGGCGUCGCUGUGGACCAGGCAGCUGCAGCACUGUAUGGCCUGCCACCAGCUCUGGCACUUCAAGGGCUCCAUAUUGGCUUUGGCCAUCAUCACUUUGGAGCUGGAGAGGCUGACGCCUGAUUGGUUCUCUGUUUUUACCGACCUGCUGAGGAAAGCACAGAUGGAGAGCACAGAGUUCAUCUGCUGCAAGGAGAUGGUGGAUGAGUACCUCACCGGCCUCGAGCUCUCCUUACACACCAACGCCGUCUACAUUUUGGAUGCCUCCAGCAUGCUGGCGUUCAGAGGACAUGACACGCGGGAGGAGGAUGGAGAGGGGAACAGAAGGAGACGAGCACAGACAGGGGACCAAGACAUGGACGACUUCUAUGAUGGUUUCUGGUGCUUUUAUGAUGAGGAUGUGUCGGAGAAAACCGCAAACCAUAGACUGCAGGAUACACAAGAACAGAUCUGGCCUUGUCCUCCGUUACGGCCCUCUUCUCGUCAGUAAGCUAGCGUGUGCUUCUGUGAAAGGUGGGAGCGGUUAAAUGAUGGCCAAGGCACUUUUUGAU